GGUGUCUCCGCAUGUGACGUAGCUAGUUAGUGCUUUUCUGUGUGGGAGUGGAGUCGCGCUGCAAGUCGCCAGGACGGUCACGGCGGAGGAUUCGUCGACGGCUCGGUUCAACCGGUCUCGAGUGGACCGUCGGUAGGAGCUGUCCUCCGGGAUAACGGACCGAGACAUGUCGGGGGAUCGCGAGGACACGCAGACGGCCGAGGUGACGUCCGCGGACCAACGGGAGGUUCCGGACAAGGUGAUCAACCCUGAGAAGUCAGAAGAGGCUAAACUGAAGUCCAGAUACCCAAAUUUAGGAAACAAACCCGGGGGCUCCGACCUGCUUCGCAAACGCCUCCAGAAGGGGCAAAAGUACUUUGACUCUGGCGACUACAACAUGGCUAAAGCCAAGAUGAAGAACAAGCAGUUGCCCACGGCGACGGCAGAGAAGACGGAGAGCACGGGGGACCACAUCCCCACCCUGCAGGACCUGCCCCAGAGGAAACCUUCUCUGGUGGCUAGUAAACUGGCAGGCUGAUGCUCGACAGCCCCUGCAGCACCCCCUUGCCCUUUGACCUUUACUCUUUCUACUCCAGUCUCAGAGCUGUAACAUUACCUCUCCCAUACCCCCCCCCCCCCCACACACACUUAACACACAGCGAACUGGCUGAUUCCUGAACCCGUUUAUUUUUGGCCCCCCGCUCCCUCCUAUCUCGCUUCUUCUGUCUCUGUCUUCUAACUUUUCCCAUGUUUAUUUUAUUUCUUUUUCAAAGUUCUCUUCACUGCAACAUGAAAUUCACUGAGAGACGCUGAAGUGUGACGAGAGGAGGCGACGUACCUGUGAGACUCAGAAGACUGAAACACCUGAGAGAGAAGGAUGGUUAGAGGGCUUUAGUAUGGGCAUCAUAUAAAUAUAUGUAUAUAUAUACAUAUAUAUAUGUAUGUAUAUAUGUGUGUAUAUAUAUAUAAAUAUAUGUAUGUAUGUGUAUAUAUAUGUAUAUACACAUGUAUGUAUAUAUAUAUACAUAUGUAUGUAUAUAAGUAUAUAUAUGUCUAUAUAUGUAUAUACAUAUAUAUCCAUACAAAUAUAUGUACGUAAAUAUAUAUAUGUAUAUAUAUUUGUAUAGAUAUGUAUAUACGUGUGUAUAUAUAUGUAUAUAUAUGUUUAUACAUAUAUAUCCAUACAAAUAUAUAUACACAUAUAUGUAUAAAUGUGUAUAUAUACAUAUUCAUCCUUUUUGUUGGCACAGGGUAGAUCUCAGCCUAUUAGAAUGUUUGAUGUCAGGUUUUUAUCUUUCACUGUUUUCCCUCAUUCUAAAUGAAUAAUAAGCCCUUUACUUCAUGAUGAUGGUAAUCAUCCAGCGCUGAGGCUCAGCUGUGUGAACACUUUGGUUAUGAACCCUGUACUGAAGAACCACACAGCGGAGGCCAGAGUGGGAUAUUCAAUUAAAUUCAGUUUAUUUUGUACAUCCCCAAUAUCACAAAAUUACAAAUUUGCCUCAGCUUUACAAUCUGCACACAUACGACACCCCCUGACCCUUGACCUCACAUCGGAUCAGGACCUGCAUGUGUAAUGAACCCUCACCGAGCUCCAUCGAGGUGCGCUGAACACAGGCGUCGACACGGACGCUCAACGUCAGGCGUACGAGCGCCGUGGGAGAAGACACAUGUCCUGGGAGCUGAUGAUGAUAAUAAUCUAACGUAUGCAGCGCUUUACAUGUUCUAUAUGCAUACAGAGCAACGCGUCUUGCUCAAGGACACAUCGACGAGGCCGGGGAUUGAACCGCCAACCCCGCAGAGUGAAAGACAGACCCGCUGACCCACAGGUGCAAAUAAUGUUAUUGAUCACGUUCAGACUUGCGGAAACCCAUUUUACACCCGUGAGUUUAAGUAAAAACGCUAAUUUGCGAUGCGGUGAAGUUGAACAUCCGCCUGAGCUUGUGCACGUGUGUCCGGCUGCUGUCACUUUGUGCCAUUUCGUUCCUGUAAAUAAAAUAGUUUUGCACAAAUGUUU